AUGGGUCACCCGGAAGAAGUCGAUGUCAUCAUUGCUGGUGGAGGUCCCGCAGGAUGUGUCGUCGCCGGACGGCUUGCGUAUGCGGACCCUACCCUUAGGGUUAUGCUCAUCGAAGGCGGUGCCAACAACCGUGAUGAUCCCUGGGUUUAUAGACCUGGCAUAUACGUGAAGAACAUGCAACGUGACGGAAUCAACGACAAGGCCACAUUUUACACUGAUACUCAACCUUCCCCAUACCUGAGAGGGAGGCAGAGCAUUGUACCAUGCGCUAACAUCCUUGGGGGUGGUAGUAGCAUCAACUUCCAAAUGUACACAAGAGCAUCUGCAUCUGACUGGGAUGACUUCAAGGCCGAAGGUUGGACAGCCAAGGACCUUCUUCCUCUCAUGAAACGGCUCGAAAAUUACCAGAAACCGGUUAACAACGAUACUCACGGAUAUGAUGGUCCAAUCGCCAUCAGCAACGGUGGGCAGGUCACUCCCCUUGCUCAGGACUUUUUGAGAGCUGCACAUACUAUCGAUGUUCCCUUUAGCGACGACAUCCAGGAUCUUACCACUGCUCACGGUUCUGAGAUCUGGGCCAAAUACAUUAAUCGUCACACUGGUCGCCGCAGUGAUGCUGCCACUGCAUACGUCCACGGCGUCAUGGACACUCAGAGUAACCUAUACUUGCGCACGAAUGCCCGUGUAUCUCGCGUAAUAUUUGAGGGUACCAAGGCUGUUGGUGUCGCAUACGUCCCAUCCAGAAAUCGUGCGAAUAACGCUACGGUUCAGGAGACCAUUGUCCGGGCUCGUAAGAUGGUUGUCUUGAGCAGUGGAACCUUGGGCACUCCGCAGAUUUUGGAGCGAUCUGGCGUCGGGUCAGCAAGUCUGCUCAAACAACUCGAUGUCAAGGUUAUCAGCGACCUUCCGGGCGUGGGCGAGGAAUACCAAGAUCACUACACAACUCUGUCUAUUUACCGUGUCUCUAACGAGUCGACAACCUUGGACGAUUUCCUGCGUGGUGAUGAACAGGCUCAGAAGGAGAUGUUCGCCGAGUGGGAGGUGAGCCCAGAGAAGGCACGCCUGUCGUCGAAUGCCAUCGAUGCCGGCUUCAAGAUUCGUCCUACUCAAGAGGAGCUGAAAGAAAUGGGUCCAGAGUUCAACGCUUUUUGGGACAAAUACUUCAAAGACAAGCCUGACAAGCCGGUCAUGUUUGGAUCCAUCGUCUCAGCAGCUUAUGCGGAUCAUUCCCUCCUUCCUCCUGGCAAGUACAUGACGAUGUUCCAGUACCUCGAAUACCCUGCUAGCCGUGGAAAGAUUCAUGUUACUUCUCCCAGUCCUUACGUCGAGCCCUUCUUUGACAGUGGUUUCAUGAACAACAGAGCUGACUUUGCCCCAAUCCGCUGGAGCUACAAGAAGACUCGCGAGGUUGCGAGACGCAUGGAUGCCUUCCGUGGCGAGCUUACUUCUCACCACCCACACUUCCACCCUGCUUCGCCAGCUGCUGCUCGUGACAUCGACAUCAAGACAGCUAAGCAAAUGAUGCCAAACGGCUUCACUGUUGGAAUCCACAUGGGUACCUGGCACAAGCCUGGCGAACCAUACGACGCAAGUAAGGUGCAUGAUGAGAUCAAGUACACCAAGGAGGACGACGAGGCCAUCGACAAUUGGAUCGCAGAUCACGUUGAGACUACCUGGCACAGUUUAGGAACCUGCGCUAUGAAGCCUCGUUCAGAGGGAGGUGUUGUUGAUCAUCGCCUCAAUGUCUAUGGUACCCAGAACUUGAAGUGUGUCGACUUGAGUAUCUGUCCUGACAAUUUGGGCACGAACACCUACUCGUCUGCGCUCCUGGUUGGCGAGAAGGGAGCAGAUCUUAUUUGUGAGGACCUCGGCAUCAAGGUCAGGACGCCUCACGCUCCUGUUCCCCAUGCGCCUAUCCCACUAGGUCGCCCUGCAACUCAGCUUGUCCGUUGA